UGAAUCACAGCCAAAAUAGCCAAAAGCCAAGAACUGGAUAAUGCUGUAAACCUCCUCCCGUCUCCUUUCCCAGGUAAGCCAUUUCCCUCUCUUACUCUGCAACAAAAAUGGCUGCUCUAUACACACUAAUAUCACCACCACAACCGCAUCUUGUUCUUCACUCAACGACUGCUGAGAAGUCCCACCUCUCAAUCCAAUCAAAAAUCUCUCUCACAACACCAAAAUCAACGACAAUUCCACUUUGCAAUUCGUAUAAGUUCACAGUUCCACAUUUCAAGUUGAGGUGCGGAGAUUCCUUCACCAGGCUAAGAUUAUUCGCAGUUACAGCCGAGGGGGCAACAUCUGCAGACCCCACUUCUGAGGCUGCUCGGAGGCUGUACAUAGGUAACAUUCCCAGGAAUGUGGACAAUGAAGAGCUUACCAGGAUUGUGCAAGACCAUGGUGCUGUUGAAAAAGCUGAGGUGAUGUAUGAUAAGUAUUCAGGAAGGAGUCGACGCUUUGCAUUUGUUACAAUGAAAACUGUUGAGGAUGCAAAUGCAGCAAUUGAGAAAUUGAAUGGAACUGAAAUUGGAGGACGGGAAAUCAGGGUAAACAUCACAGAGAAACCUUUACCAUCAUUUGAUUUCUCUCUCCUUCAAGCAGAGGAAUCCCAAUUCAUUGAUAGCCCCCACAAAGUUUAUGUUGGAAAUCUUUCUAAGGCAGUGACCACUGAUACCCUCAAGAAGUUCUUUUCUGAGAAGGGGAAUGUUGUUAGCGCGAAGGUCUCACGGCUUCCUGGGACCUCAAAAUCUAGUGGAUUUGGAUUUGUUACAUUCUCUUCAGAAGAGGAUGUUGAGGCUGCCAUCACAUCUUUUAACGACUCUGUGCUAGAAGGACAAAAAAUUCGUGUAAAUAGAGCAUAGCAUGGGUAGUUGCUGAAAGCAUAAGACUUUUUGGUGAGAGGGGUAGAUUUGUUUAUCCAUUUCAUUGCAUUCUAUUCUUAUAAAAUGUUAAAAAGAAAAUUGAGAAGAAAGACAGAGUUGAGUUUGUGCUUCGGCUCAUUUUGUAA